CCUCAGGUGAUCUGCCCGUGUCGGCCUCCCAAAGUGGUGGGAUUACAGGCGUGAGCCACCGCGCCCGGCCUAUGAUGUCUUUAUUCUGUGUUGAUGAAUUGCAAGAGGAUGUGCUCAUGGAGGGGGUCCCUUCCUUCAUCCUCUUCUGUGGUGAGCUGGUUCCAGCUGAGCCUUACCUGCCUCAGCAAGGGUCUGCUCUUCCUUUCCUUGGGCUGCUUUUCCAGUCCUGGACUUCACAGACCUGUGUUCUCCCUCCUUUCAACUCUGUUUGCAUACGUUCUGUGUGUUUCUGCUUUAUGUUUUCAGAGGUUGCCUUGACUUAACUCUACAUCACUCACCUGGUCUAGAGCCAGGGCCCCUUGCUGAAUGCUUCCUGUGCAGUCAUGUCUUACCAGGCAUUCUCUUUUUCUCCGGAGUCUGCUGUGGAGGCAGUGGCAGCUCGGGAGAAAGCAGAAACGGAAAACAGACGUGGAUAACUUCAGGAAGAGAGUUGGCAACGCUUGUUGAUGGGCUGGAUUUUGGGGCAGGAGACAAAGGGAGGAAACAAUUUAUCUUCUCUGGCUCAUAACUGGGUGAGGCUUGUUUAAUUUAGUACUGAAGAAAAAACUAUGCAUUUUUUCACCUUAAAGUUUAAAUUGUUGAUUUCAGAGUCCAACUCCCCAGAUUAAACCUGAAUAUUUAGCCUUGAGGUCUGUUGGCAUCCGAAAAGAGAAAAAAAGGAAAGGCCUUCAGUUAACCGAGAGUACCCUUUCAGCCCUGGAAGAGUUAGUCAGUGUUUCCUGUGAAGAAGUAGAUGGCUGCCCUGUCAUUCUGGUUUGUGGAUCCCAGGAUGUUGGAAAGUCAACAUUUAAUAGAUACCUGAUUAACCAGUUGUUAAAUAGUCUUCCCUGCGUUGACUAUCUGGAAUGUGAUCUGGGACAGACAGAAUUUACCCCUCCUGGUUGCAUUUCUUUACUUAACAUUACAGAACCAGUUCUGGGACCACCUUUCACUCACCUGAGGACACCACAGAAGAUGGUAUAUUAUGGGAAACCUUCUUGUAAAAACAACUACGAGAAUUAUAUUGACAUAAUAAAAUAUGUGUUCAGCGCUUACAAGAGAGAGUCCCCUCUCAUCGUCAACACUAUGGGAUGGGUUUCAGACCAGGGGCUCCUGCUUCUCAUUGAUCUGAUCCGAUUGCUGUCUCCCAGCCACGUGGUUCAGUUCCGCUGUGACCACAGUAAAUAUAUGCCAGACCUUACCCCGCAGUAUGUAGAUGACAUGGAUGGCUUGUACACAAAAAGCAAGACCAAGAUGAGAAAUCGACGUUUCAGACUCGCAGCAUUUGCAGAUGCUUUGGAAUUUGCUGAUGAAGAAAAAGAGAGUCCAGUUGAGUUCACUGGACAUAAACUGAUAGGUGUUUAUACAGACUUUACAUACAGAAUAACUCCAAGAAAUAGAGAGUCACAUAACAAAAUUCUUCGAGAUCUGACCAUCUUGAGUUACCUUAGCCAGCUGCAGCCCCCGAUGCCCAAACCACUUUCUCCUUUACAUAGCCUGACACCCUAUCAGGUCCCUUUCAAUGCAGUCGCGCUCCGAAUUACCCACUCUGAUGUCGCCCCUACCCAUAUACUAUAUGCUGUGAACGCCAGCUGGGUUGGUCUUUGCAAGAUCCAGGAUGACGUCAGAGGAUACACGAAUGGGCCCAUCCUGCUUGCCCAGACUCCAAUCUGUGACUGCUUGGGCUUUGGCAUCUGUAGAGGCAUUGACAUGGAGAAGCGGCUGUACCACAUCCUCACCCCUGUGCCCCCAGAAGAGCUAAGGACCGUGAAUUGUCUGCUCGUUGGAGCUAUUGCCAUUCCACAUUGUGUCCUUAAGUGCCAGCGUGGGAUCGAAGGGACCGUACCUUACGUCACAACGGAUUACAAUUUUAAAAUUCCUGGAGCAUCAGAGAAAAUUGGAGCAAGAGAACCUGAGGAGGCACAUAAAGAGAAACCAUACCGAAGACCUAAGUUCUGUCGAAAAAUGAAGUGAUGCUCGCAUUUUUAACAAGGGAAGAAACUUUCCUACCUGAAAGCUUUGUCUCAAGCCUGACCACGAGAGACAUGAUGGAGUUUCAUGGCCAUGAAUGGUGCCCUUAUCAGCAACACUGUUUUCUGUGUAAUUCGUGAAUGUCGUAUAGUAGUCUUAAGUUUCUCUUUUAAAGCUGCAUGAGCUAGAA